CGUACAACCACCGGCUUGCCGUCCCUGCUGCCUCAUCUCCACUGGAAAAAAGGAAAAAAAAAACCCUGUGCAUCGGUGGAGGAAAAAGAAAACAAAUGUCGUUUAUUUAUGUUACAGCCAGUUGUUUAUAAUGUGAUACAAUGCUCCUGCCAUCCGAGAGUCAAACACCAGCGUUGUUGGUAAGGAGGAAGACGCCGUAGUGUUGCAUAGUCUUGUUGCAUUUAAAGAAGAAAGCCUGCCUGACCUCAAGAGACACAACCAGCAGCCACAUCUCAUUUCUGAGGGCUCGUCUUAAGUUAAUGAUGCUAAAACUUCCCCGGAAGCAGCGCUCACAGAGGACUCCACGUGUACCCGGGACUCCUGUGCACAGUGCUGGGCUCCUGUAGCCCACCCAUGCCUGUGAUCCCAAUCCCUCGGCGGGUGCGCAGCUUCCAUGGCCCCCACACCACCUGCAUGCACUCGGCCUGUGGGUCGACACAUGCUACCAAGCUAGUGCGCACCAAAUACAAUAACUUUGACCUCUACCUGAGGUCACGUUGCAUGUACAGCUUCCUCCGAUUCCUCCUCUACUUUGGCUGCAGUCUGCUGACCUCCCUGCUGUGGGUGGCGCUCUCCACUCUCUUCUUUCUGCAGUACGUCAGCGUGCGUGUACUCCUGCGCCUGCAGUACAAGCUGUCUGUCAUCUUGCUUUUGUUAGGACACCGGCGCCUGGACUUUGGUGUGCUUAAUGACCUGAUCAUCUACAGCAUGCAGAUCACCAUGUUUUUGGUGGGGGGGCUCGGUUGGUGCUUCAUGGUGUUUGUGGACAUGUAGCUGGAAUGUGAGCCACAUGGGAAGUGUAGUGUUUGAUGUAGAUGCUUCGCAUUGUAACUUCAGCAUUGUGUGGUGUUAUGGGACAACAUACACCGUUAGUACAUCCUGUAGGACUGCCCUGUGUGACACUCGGCUCUAGUCAUAAAGACCCUUUUGAUGUCAACUCAUAAAACCGUAUUUGGUUUAGUGUCAGGUAUGACAGAAUCCAAUUGGAAUCUGUGUAACAUCUGUGUGAUCUUUAAACCGCUGCAAGUGGCCUAAAGAUCACAGUGGACAGUCCUCUAAAACCAAUUUUCAAAACUUAUGAAGUCAGUCUGAACAUAAAAGUCAGACUUGAGUCAUCAUGUUGGAGUCUCAGAGGACCAAAAGGGUCAAAAUCUCUGACAUUUAUAUUGUAUUUUCAUGCCAUUUGUAAACUGUUUUCAUACAUGUGGAAAGGCGUCUUGACUAAAAACUCAGAAGUUGUACAUUGCACGGAUGAAGUGACCUAACAUAUGACUGAUGUGCAUCACGGCUGUGUGAUGCAAGACAGUCAUUUGUGCCAAAAUGACACGAGUUGGACUCCAAAAUGAAAAAUGUACCGUGAUUCAAAGGUUUUGACAAACCUUAUGUAGAUGUUGUCUCUAAAUACAAUGUCAUGUAAAACUGUACACAAAUGCAGAUGAUAUACAGUAACUUAUGGUGAACGAAGCGACCAAAAACAAGUGUCAGCAGUAUGUUUAAUGUUGUUAUGUGGA